AUGAGUGAUCUUACUAUGGAGAACUGGGUUCUAGCCACGACGUUGGUAUUUGUUAUUAUCACGAAAUUUCUACAAUAUUCUGUAAACUACCAUGAAUCAUGGGUUAGUAAGUUCACUCAAAGUAAUACGAGUUCUUACAAGGAUUAUAUGAGUAAAUUACAUGAACAGAAAAUACUUCAAGAAGAGAAUCAUUCUAUUUCGGCCCAGGAUAACUAUGCCAAAUGGACUAAAAACAAUAGAAAAUUGGAUAAAUUAGCCAUUGAAUUAAAGACUUUAAAGACUCAAAUCCAUGAGCAAGCCUCUAAUAGUCAAAAGUUUUUGAAGACUUGUAAAUUGAUUGGCUUAACAUUACCUUUCUUUGCAUUAAAGAUGUGGAAGGGUAAAGAGAUUGUUUAUUAUUUACCAAGUAAUAAGAUGUUCCCACAUUUAUUUAACGGUACUUGGCAUCAAGGGUGGUUAUUUGUUGCAAUGUACCCACUAGAUUUUGUAUUGAGUAAAAUAAACAAUGUCUAUGACGUUACAUUCAUUGCUUCCAAGGUUCCAGUGUAUAAGGGAACUGCUGUUGGUGUCUCUCUAGGUAUCUGGGUUUGGGCAUUGACUAACGUCUUGGCUAGCAUCGAGUUUGUAAUCAAUCAAUUGUUUCUAGCACCUGUUGUUCCUGAACCAGUCAUCACUGAGAAGAAGGCUAACUAA